GAACGAAACCCCUCACCUGGAUCACAUCGGCACAAACCAGAGGCGAAUAACCUACCUCGCUCCACCCGACUCCAUUGCAACUCCGGUUCGUCUUCUUCAAAGGAUCAAGCAAAUAUAGACAGAGCAAAUCAUGCCUGGGCAAAAGAUUGAAACAGGUCACACCGACAUCGUCCAUGAUGUCAGUAUGGAUUAUUAUGGAAAGCGGGUGGCAUCUGCCUCCUCUGAUGCUACUGUUAAGAUAAUUGGUGUAAGCAGCAGUUCUGCGUCGCAUCCCCUUGCUACUUUGAGCGGCCAUAAUGGUCCUGUUUGGCAGGUUGGUUGGGCUCACCCCAAGUUUGGCUCACUUCUUGCAUCAUGUUCCUAUGAUGGCACCGUGAUUAUUUGGAAAGAAGGUAACUUAAAUGAAUGGACCCAAGCUCAUACCUUCAGUGAGCACAAGUCAUCUGUAAACUCAAUUGCGUGGGCACCUCACGAACUUGGCCUUUGCUUGGCUUGUGGGUCUUCCGACGGGAGCAUCUCGGUCCACACUGCCAGGUCAGAUGGUGGGUGGGACACCACAAGGAUAGAGCAAGCUCAUCCUGUUGGUGUAACCUCUAUUUCGUGGGCCCCUUCAAUGGCACCCGGUGCCUUAAUUGGGUCUGGUGUGUUUGAGCCAGUUCAGAAGCUGGCUUCUGGCGGUCAUGAUAACACUGUGAAAAUAUGGAAGUUUUCUAAUGGAGCAUGGAAGAUGGACUGCUUUCCUGCCCUUCAGAUGCACAGUGAUUUGGUGCGAGAUGUGGCAUGGGCACCCAAUUUGGGGCUUCCAAAAUCGACAAUCGCAAGUGCUUCACAAGAUGGUACGGUUGUAAUAUGGACUGUGGCUAAAGAAGGUGAGCAAUGGAAUGGUAAGGUGUUAAAUGACUUCAAGGCCCCUGUUUGGAGAGUCUCCUGGUCGCUUACUGGAAACCUGUUGGCUGUUGCCUCUGGGGACAAUACUGUCACAUUGUGGAAAGAAGCUGUUGAUGGUGAAUGGCAAGAGGUGUCGAGUGUUGAAUAGUUACAGAAUUUUGCAUCUUGUGGGUAUGUUACCUUCUUCUCUACAUGUGGUGUUGGUUUAAAAUUUCAAAUGGUUUAUUUGAUUACUUGUUUAGAAAAAAAAGGUUAAAAAUGAUGAUCAUAUGCUCUCUUUAUGUUUAGUUUUUAAUGUUUUGUAUGACCCUCUGAGUCCUAAAUACUACAUUCAUGGUUUUAUCUUGCAAGUGUGUUUUUUGGGUCU